GGCUACUGCUGGAGGAGGUGGUGCCUGCUCAGUGUGAAUGGCCCCCUGCCCGGUGGUGUGGGCCCGCUCCGGCCGUGAUGGAGAGUGAUGCGCCGCCCGUCCUGUCUUGCAGCAUGCAUCAGCAAACACGGAUCUCCGUAUGCCAAGAACCCAGAUUUUGUCACCUGCGUGCAAAACCUGCCUGACCAAUGCUCUCCGGACCCCUGCAAUAAGGAGGGGACCCAAGUCUGCCAGGACCUCAUGGGCAACUUCUACUGCCAGUGCAGAGCCGGCUGGAGGGGGCGGCUCUGCAACACAGAUGUGGAUGAAUGUGGCCAGCAGAACGGGGGCUGCAGCCAGAUCUGCUCCAACAAGCCAGGCAGCUUCCACUGCGCCUGCUAUGGCGGCUACACGCUCUCCCAGGACCGCCAGACUUGCCACGACGUGGAUGAGUGUGCGGACACGGGCGCCUGCGGAGAGGCUCGCUGCCGGAACCUGCCCGGCUCCUACUCCUGCCUCUGCGACGAGGGCUUCGCGUUCAGCUCCCAGGAGAAGGCCUGCCAGGAUGUGGACGAGUGUGCGGAGGGACGCUGUGAGCAGGCCUGCAUCAACUCCCCGGGGAGCUACACCUGCCACUGCGAUGGCCGUGGGGGCCUCAAGCUGUCCCUGGAUAUGAGCACCUGCGAGGACAUCCUGCCCUGCGUGCCGUUCAACGUGGCCAAGAGCGUGAAGUCCCUGUACCUCGGCCGCAUGUUCAGCGGGACGCCCGUGAUCAGACUGCGCUUCAAACGGCUGCAGCCGACGAGGCUGGUGGCCGAGUUCGACUUCAGGACCUUUGACCCCGAGGGCGUCCUGUUCUUCGCCGGAGGCCAUCAGGACAGCACCUGGAUCGUCCUGGGCCUGCGGGCCGGCCGGCUGGAACUGCAGCUCCGCUACCAGGGUGUUGGCCGCGUCACCAGCAGCGGGCCAGUCAUCAACCACGGCAUGUGGCAGACGAUCUCUGUUGAGGAGCUGGAGCGGAACCUGGUGAUCAAGGUGAACAAGGAUGCUGUUAUGAAGAUUGCAGUGGCUGGGGAUCUGUUUCAGCUGGACAGAGGACUGUACCAUCUGAAUCUUACUGUAGGAGGCAUUCCCUUCAAGGAGAAAGACCUUGUCCAGCCUAUGAACCCCCGUCUGGACGGCUGCAUGAGGAGCUGGAACUGGCUGAACGGUGAGGACACCACCAUCCAGGAGACGGUCAAAGUGAAUGUGAAAAUGCAGUGCUUCUCGGUGACGGAGAAGGGGGCCUUCUUCCCCGGGAGUGGAUUUGCCUUCUACAGCCUGGAUUACGCACGGACGUCACCGGACGUGGGGACCGAGACCACCUGGGAGAUAGAGGCCAUGGCUCGGAUUCGCCCCGCCACUGACACGGGCGUGCUGCUCGCACUGGUGGGAGACGACCACGCCGUCGCCCUGUCAGUGGCCCUGGUCGACUACCACUCCACCAAGAAGCUCAAAAAGCAGCUGGUGGUCCUGGCCGUGGAGAGCAUUGCCCUGGUCCUGAUGGAGAUCAAGGUUUGUGAUGGCCAGGAGCACGUGGUGACCAUCUCUGUGAACCAGGACCGGGCUGCCCUGGAGGUGGACGGCACCAAGGGCCAGAGUGAAGUGAGCGCUGCGGGGCUACAGGAGAGGCUGGCCGUCCUCGGGAGGCGCCUGCAGGGCUCUGUGCUGACCUUUGUUGGGGGACUGCCAGAGGUGCCGGUGACCUCGGCCCCCGUCACAGCAUUCUACCACGGCUGCAUGACGCUGGAGGUCAACGGGAGGGCACUGGACCUGGACGAGGCCACCUACAAGCACAGCGACAUCACCUCCCACUCCUGCCCACCCAUCACGCCGGGCGCCUAGGCUCCCGCUGCUGCUGGACGCUCGCGCCCCCGCCCAGCAUGCCUCCCGCCUUCUCCUCCAAGCAGGAAGGAAGGCGGGGGCACCAGUGACCCCGCGCACAACACUGAAUCCCGGCCGACGUCCCUCUGAGGCCACCCUCCGCCGUGUAACAUACGUGUAAAUAGUGGACUAAGCUCAGGGCCAGCCCGAGCCCUCCUGGGGCCGAGGCCCACACCCGCCAGAGCGGCCCCAGGAACGUGAUUCUGUUAUUUUUAUUACCAGAUGCUUCUUUCUGACCUAGAACUAUGGAAAAAUAAAAUAUUCACAGACCCUUUCUA